AUGGCUCGCCAGGUUAUUGUUGUUUUCGCCCUUGUUUUUUUGGCUGUUGUCGGUGCCUAUGCGGCGGAGAGUAAGUCAUCGUCUUCCAAAUCCCCCUCCUCCUCCCUUGCCUCAUCUCCCUCUUCUACGGGAAACAGCAGCAGCAGCAGCUGCCAUUCUCCUCCUACCCAUGAAUCAACACCGGCAACGGCUUCAGCUUCUCUCAAAGCCUCCGGCGUCGUUGGCGUUGCCACCAGUGUUGCCGGACUCUUCUUAUUCUUUUAA